UGUUGUUGUUAUGGAAACAAAAACUUGCUCUGCUGGCUGCUAGAGCGUCACUCGUCACACAGGCUCGCAUUUUAAGUUUUCGUUCGUGAGUUGAUUGAUAGUCUUCGUUUAAGAUGAAAAUCGAAGAGGUGAAGAGUACGGCGAAAACCCAGAGGAUUUCUGCACACAGUCACAUUAAAGGACUUGGGCUGGACGAAAAUGGUCUCGCGCUCGAUAUGGCGGCCGGCUUGGUCGGGCAGAAAGAUGCACGUGAGGCUGCUGGUAUCGUCGUGGACAUGAUCAGAUCCAAGAAGAUGGCUGGCCGUGCUGUCCUUUUAGCUGGACCUCCAGGCACAGGGAAAACAGCUGUUGCCUUGGCUAUUGCGCAGGAACUGGGCAGCAAGGUUCCGUUUUGUCCGAUGGUUGGAUCUGAGGUCUACAGCUCAGAAAUUAAAAAAACAGAAGUAUUAAUGGAAAAUUUUCGAAGAGCAAUUGGCCUUAGAAUCAAGGAAACAAAAGAGGUUUAUGAGGGAGAAGUUACAGAACUAACACCAGUUGAAACUGAAAAUCCUUUGGGAGGAUAUGGCAAAACUGUUUCUCAUGUCAUCAUUGGACUGAAGACUGCCAAGGGUACAAAGCAAUUGAAACUUGACCCAUCUGUUUAUGAAUCCUUACAAAAAGAAAAGGUGGAGGGAGGUGAUGUUAUUUACAUCGAAGCCAAUAGUGGAGCUGUGAAACGUCAAGGAAGAAGUGACAGCUAUGCUACUGAAUUUGAUCUUGAGGCUGAAGAAUAUGUUCCUCUUCCUAAAGGUGAUGUACACAAAAAGAAAGAAGUUAUCCAAGAUGUUACACUUCAUGAUUUGGAUGUAGCAAAUGCAAGACCUCAAGGUGGACAAGAUAUUUUAUCAAUGAUGGGGCAGUUAAUGAAGCCAAAAAAGACAGAAAUUACUGACAAAUUAAGGAAAGAAAUUAACAAAGUUGUUAACAAGUAUAUUGAUCAAGGAAUUGCUGAACUAGUUCCCGGAGUUCUUUUUAUUGAUGAAGUACACAUGCUGGACAUUGAAUGUUUCACAUAUCUUCACAGAGCGCUUGAGAGUGCCAUUGCCCCAAUUGUAAUAUUUGCCACCAAUAGAGGACGAUGUGUUAUUAGGGGUACAGAAGACAUUUUAUCUCCUCAUGGUGUUCCGCUUGACUUGUUAGACCGUUUACUUAUUAUUCGUACUUUGCCAUAUGCUCGAAAUGAGUUGGAACUUAUUCUAAAGCUGAGAGCACAAACAGAAGGAUUAGUGGUUGAAGAAGAUGCUUCGUCUUUAUUAAGUGAAAUUGGAAGCAAUUCAACCUUACGGUAUGCAGUACAGCUUCUCACUCCAGCAUCACUCACUGCUAGGGUAAAUGGUCGUUCCACUAUUUCCAAAGAAGAUGUUCAAGAAGUUGGAAGUUUGUUUUUAGAUGCAAAGUCUUCUGCUAAAAUUCUCUCACAAAACAAGGAUAAAUUUAUGAGCUAAAAAGUUGAUCUGCCCUUCUAUAGGUAAUACCUAUGGUACAAAAGCUUACUUCUUUUUUAGUUUUUCCAUGAAAGAUAAUUCCCAGUAACAUUUCCACUAGACGCUUGUGUCAAAAUUGUAGCUUUAAGCAAAUAAAACCAUUUUUAGUUAUA